AUGCCAUAUUCCACGCGUUCCACUCGCUUAAUACCCAAAACACCCCUCCACCGCACCCAAUGGCACCGAAUACAAACAACGAGACCCCUCCGCCACUUCUCCUCUACCUCCACCUCCCCCUCCGCCUCUGAACCUGCCUCUAAACCAGAACCCCCACGCUGGUUCACUGCCCUCCGCAGCACACUUCUAUCCCGCAACUUCCCACCCCUAAUUGACGACCUCUCUCCCCUCCAAAGCCAAAAGCUCGAGGCAGCGCUGACCUCAUUUCUCCCCCCCGGCUGGGCAAAAUCCCCCUUCGAAACUGGGAAUUAUUCCCACAUACUUCCCCCAGGCUACCACCUCAUCUACUUCAAUCCUGCACUUCCGGCUGACGAACUCUUGCCUGAUGGCACAGAUCCGUUGCAGAGUCCGGGAGAGCCGUUUGUGCGGCGGAUGUGGGCUGGUGGCGCUGUCAGGUGGGAUGAGCACGGGUGUUGGGAUCCCGAGGUGGGGUUGGUUGUGGGAAUGAGAGGGGGGUUGUUUGUUUGUGCGGAGAGGAUUAAGGAGGCAGUGGUGAGGGGGGAGGGGGAUUUGGCGAAAAUCUAUGUUACAGUGGAGAGGAGGGUUGGGAGGGUAGUGGAGGGGGACAUGGCGGCUGCCUCAGCCUGCGCGAAAAUGGUGGAAGAGGGCAGGAAGGGCGAGGAGUGGGGUGGUGCAGUGCUGGUGGAGGAGCGGAACCUGGUAUUUAUGAAAGAUAGAUCAAGGGAGGAGUUAAGGCGGAUUCGGGAUGGACCUGUUGUGCCGCCUAAGUAUCUCCCUUCACUAACUAAUCCCUCAUUCUCUCAUGCCCUAACGCCCACGCCCUCUCUCCUCUUCCGCUACUCCGCCCUCACCUUCAACGCCCACGCUAUCCACCUCGACCCCGAAUACUGCCGCAACAUAGAAGGCCACCGCAAUUUACUCGUCCAUGGUCCUCUGUCCUUAACAUUAAUGCUUUCGUUUAUAUCAUAUCAUUUGAAGCAGAAAGCAGGGGCCCAGAUUGUUAAGUCGAUUGAAUACAAGAAUCUGGCGCCGUUGUAUUGUGGUGAGCAGUUGAGGGUUUGUGGAAAGGAGAAAGAAGGGGCGGAGCAUGGAAAAGGGGGGGAGUGUGUGUAUGAUGUCUGGAUCGAAGGUCCGACAGGUGGUACGGCUGUUAAGGGUACGGUG